AUGUUACUGUGGUUAAAUAAUGCUCCAAAUAAUCCAUUAAAUACUGACUCAAGCGAAGCUUUAAGAUUGAUUAAUGAAUUAGUAUCUGUAUCAACGUCUGAGGCCUCAGGAAAUAUUAAGCUUCAGACACACAAGCAUACCUUCACUUGCUAUAAAAGAAUCACAUCCAAUCAGCCUCAAAAAUGUCGUUUUGAAGCACCGUUUAUGCCGUGCAGAGCUACUUCAAUUUUGGUACCGAUGUCUACAGAUGAUCCUGGUUUUCAUCAACUCAAGAAACGUUACAAUGAGAUAAGAAUGAAUUUGGACUUCAAUGACUACACGGAUAUUGAUUCAUUUUAUGAACAUAACAAUGUUGUUUCCGAUGAAGAGUAUAUUCAGAUUCUAAGGUCCGGAAUUCAGCGCCCAAGAGUUUUCUUAAAGAGACAACCAAAUGAAAAAUGGAAUAAUGCUUUUAAUCCAUUUUUACUCAGUAUUUUGAAAUCUAACAUGGACAUUCAGUUUAUAACCGAGGAAUACUCUUGUGCCGCUUAUGUAGUAGAGUACGUUAAUAAAACGAAUCGAGGCAUUAGCAACUUACAGCGUCAGAUUAUACAAACCAUGGAUGAACACCCUGAAUUUGAUAUUGUUGAUGUAACAAGAAAAAUGAGUGUUGAUAUGCUUAAUACUGUUGAGAUGACGAGCCAAGAAGCAGCGUGGUAUCUUCUUCGUGAACCGAUGAGUAAAUCGUCCCACAAAAUUGAAUACAUUCCUACAGUGUGGCCUAUAGAACGUCAACGAAUGAGAAAAACUCAAAUUGAAUUGGAUAAACUACAAGUUGGUGAAGAUUGUACAAAUAUUUGGAAAGAAAAUUGGUUUCAUAAGUAUGAAAGAAGAUCAUCAGAUUUAGAAAAUAUUUCGCUAGCACAAUUCGUUGCUUACUACAAUAUCAAAGAAGACGGAGCAUUUCAAAGACGAAAAGAACCUCGAACAAUUCGAUACAGAAAUUAUGACAUAUCGACAGAUUUAGAUAAUCAUAAACGAGAAAUGGUGACAUUAUACAUACCAUUCCAAAAUGAAGAAACUGAGGUACUGGCCGAUCUGAAAUUUUUAAAAACUUAUGCUGACAAUGAACAAGUAAUUGUUACAGCGAGAAAAGAAUUUGAGUCAGAUUUAGAUAUUGAAAAAACGAUGGAAAUAUGUAGACAAUUGUGUAGAAAUGACAAUGAUGAUGAAGAUAAUCGUGAAAAUGUUGGUAUUGUUCCCGAACCAAAUCCUUUUCAGCAGUUAUAUAAUGACCCAAGUGCAGAACAGGAUAAUGACCUUCGUCUAGCAUUAUUAAAUAAGCUAGGUCCAAUCGCUAAAAGAAGAGAAAAUUUAAUGGAUAAUCCACAAUUUUUGGAUUUAAUGCGAAGUACAAAUGACAAACAGAGAAGUCUACUGCUACAUACUAUAUCACAUCUCAUCAAUGCUGGUUCUUCACCACUUCAAAUCUUUUUCACUGGUCCUGCUGGAUGCGGCAAAACUUUUGUCAUCAAGUUACUAAUGGAGAUAUAUAAUCGAUUCACUGACACAGAUGGACAUUGUAAUGCUUACAUUACUUGCGCUUCAACUGGAAAAGCCGCAGUUGCUAUCGACGGCACUACAGUACAAACUGCAUUAAUAAUAACCUUAUCCAAAUUACUUCCAUUAUCAACAGAAACUGCUCUACAAUAUCGCACAUUAUUCAGGUAUGUCAAAGUAAUAAUCAUUGAUGAAGUCAGUAUGAUAGGGGCGGAAUUACUGGCUCAAAUUGAUCAACGACUUAAACAAAUCAGUGGUGCUUUUGAUAGUAACUUUGGGGGAUACGAUAUAAUUUUAAUUGGUGAUUUGCGUCAAUUACCUCCAGUUAGAGCAACACCAAUAUAUAAACACCCUAAACAAAGAAUAGGUGGUCCUACUUUAUGGCAGAGUUUAAAAUUCUACGAACUUAAUCAAGUCAUGAGACAAUCUAAUUCCCAGUUUGCAAAUAUUUUAACUAAAAUUGGCAACGGGGAAAAACUAAGUACUGAAGAAUUGUGUCUAAUUGAAUCACGAUUCUUCACUAUUGAAGAAGUACAAGAAUUGUGCCCUAAUGGUAUUCGUUUGUUUUAUUCGAACCAAUCAGUUAAUGCUUAUAAUAAUAAGAUAUUAACUGAAGCGGAAAACAAAGUUAUUUCUAUUGCAACUGAUAUUUUCACUGGUUACCAUGGGGUCGAACAAUUAGCCUCACUUCGACAAAUACUUCGUAAGAAAAGUACUUUAGAUACUGGAGGACUACCAUAUGAAAUAAUUUUUGUUGUUGGUAAAUAUUACAUUUUAACUACUAAUACUGAUGUAUCUGAUGGACUAGCAAACGGUGCAGUGGGUAAAUUAGUUUAUAUAGAAUUAAAUGAAAAUAAUGAAGUAACUCGGGUUUGGUUAACUUUUCCAAGUAAUAAAACUGGUCUCAAAUUAAGAACAAAAGCUGCCGGUUACAUGCAAGAACACAACAUUCCAAUAAAUGCAGUACCAAUAAAUAGACGCUCUUCAACAAUCCACUUAAAUAAUAAUAAAACAAUGAAUGCAAAACGCAACCACUUUCUUCUCAUAUCAGGCUGCGCUAUGACGAUUCACAAAUCGCAAGGAGGUACUUUCGAAGAAAUUGUCUAUCAAUAUGACAAAAAUCAUCCACAACAAUUAUUGUACGUUGCAUUAUCAAGAGUCACUACGAUUGAAAAAUUAUAUAUUGUAACCAUAAAUAACACAGCUACAUUGUUCCAUGGUCGAUGCGAGCCAGCUGCACUUCGGCCGUUGAAACUUGAAUAUGAAAGAUUAUCAGCAAACCCAUUAGUGACACUAGAAUCACAACUACUUGAAUUUAUCACUAAAAAGCCAGGUUUGUCAAUUUAUACUUUUAAUAUUCAAAGUUUACGUGCUCACAACAAUGAUAUUAUCGACAAAGUAGCCGCUAAUUCAAAUAUUUUACUUUUGUCCGAAACAUGGACUCGUGACGAUGAAGACAUUUCCAUACCUAACUUUAACUGUAUAGUGAAAUAUAAGCGCAGUAAUAUAAGAUCCGGAGGUGUUGCUAUUUAUCAAAAUAAUAACGACACGACACACAUUGUAACACCAUCAAUGGAUAUUUCACUACAUCAUUUACAGUCAGUUGGAGUACAACACUGUGCUGUAGGGGAGAUCUGCGCAGCUGAAUGUAAGACGGAAAAUGGCCAGUCAAUUAUGCUGAUAUCAAUUUACAUAUCUCCGAAUCAGCCAAUCGGAAAAAUAACUCAAUUUAUUCAUCGUUCACUGAUACCAUUUUCGGCUGCUGUUGCGGCAGAGCUUAAUCAAGGCUUAGAAAAACAAGCUAUGAUCCUCAGUGGCGAUUUCAACAUCAAUUUUUCAUCGGAGUCUGGAGCCAUUUUAAUUGACUUUUUAAAGACCAAAUUUGAUCUAUCUAUAAACAACAAUCCGAAUGAACCCACAAAAAAACAUGGUACAACGAUAGAUGCGGUUUUUUCAAGAUAUUUGCAUACAAUAGAAACAAAAAUAUUCAUUUCCCAUUUCAGCUACCAUAAGCCGCUGAUAACGUAUGUUGAUGAUAGAAAUGUCAAUGAAAGUUAA